CGUUGCGCUGAUUUCGGAUUGGAUUUUUCUUGAAAACGCCAAGACGCGCUGCUUGAACAAAGCCAAUAGAGAAUAAAUAAUAAUAAUUAAUAAAUUUAUAAUAACGUCAAAGAAACGCGCAAAAUUCGACCGACGACCGCCAGCUGGCAAAUGUCUCAAAGUGCGUGUGUAAAUCAGGACGAAAUUUGCGAUAAACAAAUUGAAAUAAUUCACCAAAAAUGAAAUUGAAAAUUAAAGUGGAAAUCGAAUUUGGAAUCGCAAUUGCCAUCGGAAAUUGUCGCUGCUUCUGUUGUGUGUCUAUUUCUGUCGAAUAGCUGCCAAAUAUCGUACAAUUUCAAAUAUUUUUACAACACAUGAAUACGCUCUUUAUAUGUAAAUACGUAUAUUCUAUUAUACUAUACUUAACAUAAUAUAUACAGUACAAUCACAUCGAGUAAAUGCCAAAAAAUGCCAAAAUCUCGCUAUAGCGCAGCAAAAUCAAUUAUUUUAGUACAAUUCAUUAAAUAGUUCAAGUCAGAGGAAGAACUUAACUCGCCUGCGAGAUAAAAACAACAACAACGAAUCACAGCACUCCAAUCUGUUGUCUAGCUCCUCGCACGCACACAUGCUGUGCUCUUCUCACAAAUGGAUAUCUAAUUAAUAUUAUCGAAUUUUCAUCCGAGCGAAAAAGUAAGAGUAACAGAUAACAAAACCCACGCGCAAGGAAAAAAAAUGGCCACAUUUUUAAGUCGUUUUCAACGCGAAAAAAGCGAAAAGAUUUUGCCAAAUGCUGUGAACACCGCGAACAGCAGCAGCAAGAAAACAGCUGACAUGGAAGCAGCGACGUCGGCGCCGACAGCGGCAGCAACAGCACAGCCGCGCCAGCAGCGACGCUACAUGCGCAGCGCGACGGCAGCGAGCGUAACGCAACUGCUCUCCGAAAGCUGCAACAGUUUGCUGCAGCGCUUUCGACGCAAUCCGAGCGAACGACCUGAUAACAAACAACAGCAGCAGCAGCAACAACAACAACAACAACAACAGCAGCGCAAUCGUGCAGCAGCCAUAGCCGAGGAUAACAGCAGCAGCAGCAACAACAACAACAACAGCAACAAUAGCAACAAUAAGGAAAGCAACGAAAAUAGACGCAGUGGCUCCAAGACUCCAACGAAUGAAAACGCCAACAACAACAGUAACAGCAGCAAUAGGAACAACAAAAACAAAGACAAAGACAAGGGCAGCCUCACAACACAACACAGACGUCGCCGCAGCUCGGAAAAGUCCGCCAGCGGUCGAAGACGCCCGGAGGCGGAGCGUGAACGGGGCAAGGAACGCGAUAGGGAUAGGGAACGUGAUCGGGAUCGGGAUCGGGAACAGAACGCCAUGAGCGAUCGUCAUAGACGUUACUAUGCUGGCGGUGGCCUCGGCUACCAUCCCAUUAGCACAACCAGCGGCAGCGGUGUGGGUGUGGGCAGCACCAGCGGUGCCCUCAUGGGCCGCUAUCAGAAGAGCUCAACGACGGCCAAUCCGCUGCGAACCCAUCUGAGCCCCGUGGGCAGCAGCUACUAUAAGCCGGCCAUACGGGGCCUAGGCGCCGGGAUGCGGCGUGACCUAGACGACGUUAGUAUGAGUGGAGCGUGCUGUGUGAAUGCCAAUGGAAAGCGCUGCGUGUUAUUUGAUCGGAGCCAGGCAGCCAAAUUCAUCCCGUGACUCAUUGUCAGAGCAUUUCUUCAGAUUUGGAAAUCACUUGAAAUUUUGUUUGCCCUAUUUCCACCUGUCACCAUGAGUCAUGGCUAAGUCAAGUCACUGUCCCAAUUCUGUCCCAGGUUGAAGAAGGCGGGUUGGAGGUAGCAAAAGAUCGCAUCUUCAGUGCAUGCAUCGGCAACCCCUAUUGCUCCAUAGUAUACCUAUAUAUGUAGCAGAUGUAUGUAUAUAGUAUAUACAUAUAUGAUGAUCGUGCGCAGAGAUGUACAUAUAAAUAUGUAUGGAUUUUCUAUUUGCCCACACAAAACUGUUUUAUAUCGUCUUCUAUAUAUUCUUCUAUAUCUUCCUACUUGCCGUGUGCGUUUAUUUUCGAUUCCAAGCAAAUGUCCAUGCCUCGGGCAGCUCACCCUGCUCCCAUGUCUAUCGCUUCUCUCUCUCUCUCUCUCUCUCGCUCUCUCAGUUCUCUGGUCUGCAUUAAAUGUAUAAAAAGCUAUUCACAAUUUCACG